AUGGCUCUCGCAGAGAUGACCGUUGCCGUUAACGGCGCGAGCUGCCCGCCCUUCACGGGGCUCCCAGGCCAGGUUCGACUGGCAGUAUCCACGGAGAGGCAAGGCGACAUUGUCGACGUCCUGUCUUUUUCCGCGCCUGCGCCAGCGCCGACCCAGGAGCUUCCGCCCGCUGGCUGGCUUGCCGAACAAGGCGACGACCUGGCGACGGCGACAGCAUUCCGGUGGUCGCGUUCGCGGACGACGGGACUUGGGCUGAGCGCCCUGUUCAUUUCCCUGCCGCCUGUCUUGAUAGCAAUCUGA